GCUAGGCAGAGGAUUACGCCAAUUAAACCUUAGAAACUUCUCAACUACAUUACGAGCCAUGUCAAUUGAAUAUAACGUCAUCAUCUACGAUAACCCUCACGCCGACAGAUCAAAAGUCAGAGCUGAACAUGUCGCCAACAUCCCCCUGAAUGUUCCUUCUCCUAUUCUCUCUGCUGGAGCUAUCUACCAUGAUGAUGCCAAGACUCAAUUCGCCGGUAGUGCCUUCCAUCUAGUUGCCAAUUCCAGAGAAGAGGUUCUUGAGUUCUUAAAGAAGGAUGUUUACUACCGUGAAGGUAUUUGGGAUAUCGAUAAUGUUAUCAUUAACCCAAUUGGUGUUGCUGUUAGGUUACCAAAGAAAAUGGAAGGUGUUGAUGCAUCCUUAUAUAAGAUCUAGGUAUGUCAUAACAUAGAAAAGUUAAUAAACAAAGUUACUUUUAUCGAAUUAAC